ACUUCCUGUAGGAAGCAUGUGUCUUAUGUAGCCGUCUACUGUACUUGUAUUAUUGUUGGUCUCUGUAGUUGUUUUAGCUCAUGCUAAAGGGAUCGUGUUUUAACAGAAAUACAGAGGAAACGCGUUGAUCGGACUUCAACAGGGAAAUAUUGUAUAUUGUAUUAAUUAGGUUGUAUAAACAGUGUCAGGAUUGGCAGGACAAUGCAGAACUUCACAGCGAUAAGGUCAUUUGUUACCCAGUAUCCUACAACUAUUGCUGCGAUCACAGUAACAGGAGUGGGACUUUUCGGUGUAAAGAAAUGGAUGGCAGGUGGAGUUUGUAGCAGCAAAGCCUCGUUGGACGGAAAGACCGUCCUGAUCACCGGAGGCAACACUGGGAUUGGCAAAGAAACCGCUGUAGACCUGGCUAGAAGGGGAGCGAGAGUCAUUCUGGCCUGUAGAGACAUGGACAGAGCCAAUAAAGCUGCAGAAGAGGUGAAGAAGAGGAGCGGAAAUAAUAAUGUUGUUGUCAGAAAGUUGGACUUGGCAUCUCUUCAGUCGGUGCGAGAACUAGCCAAAGAUGUUCUAGCAAGUGAAGAGAGGCUGGAUGUUCUCAUCAAUAAUGCAGGUAUUAUGAGCUGUCCAAAAUGGCAGACUGAAGAUGGCUUUGAAAUGCAAUUUGGUGUGAACCACCUGGGCCACUUCCUUUUAACAAACUGCCUGUUGGAUCUCCUGAAGAAGUCAGCCCCGAGCCGCAUCGUCAAUGUCUCCAGUUUAGCUCAUAAAAGAGGUCAAAUCUAUUUUAAUGACGUACAUCAGGAGAAAGAUUACAGCCCUUGGAAAAGCUAUUCACAAAGUAAACUAGCUAAUGUCCUCUUUACAAGGGAGCUGGCUAACAGGCUGCAAGAUACCGGAGUAACGACUUACAGCCUCCACCCUGGAGUGAUCUGGACGGAGCUCGGCCGACACUUCUGGCCCACAAUGCCCAUUUGGAAGAGAGUUGUAUACACACCAUUCAUGUUUCUUAUCAAGUCUCCAACAGAAGGGGCUCAGACCACCAUCCACUGCGCUGUGGAGGAAAGCCUGCAGAAUGAAAGUGGACUCUACUACAGCGACUGCGCCCCUAAAACAGCCGCCCCUCAGGGUCUGGAUGAUGAAGCUGCCAAGAAGCUGUGGGAUCUGAGUGCGUCUAUGGUUAGUCUGACAUAAUCGUGGUGACAUCGGUGAUGAUCGUCAUCAUCUUCAUAGUACCAAAGGACUGCCAAGUGGCCUGAGGAAGGACUGGUGCUCUUUCUAAUGAGCAUCUGUGUGGUUACUAUCAGCUGAGCUCCUACUUAAUGUGACAAAUGAGUAAAGAGACAGAAAAUCACAAGGGAUAGACAUUUAUUCAGAAUAUACAACAAACUACUUGCAAAAAUACUAUGGAUUUCAUUUAAACAGAAGCAAUGCUUCACAGGUAAGUCACAUGGAAGCUGUAUGAUAUUUAGUUUUGAUUGCCAUUAGCGUUUCACCAAUGUCUGUGUUGACUAAGGGCUUGAAUGUCAUUCAAUGUUACUUGAUUUCAUCAUAUAAGAAUUAUGUGUGCGUUGAAGGUUUUUGUAACACUGUUAAUAGCAACAUUUUUCCCCCCCUGGGCAAUAAAGUGCUGUUAUACAUAG